AUGAAAUUGGUUGAUAUUUUGUUUGUACUGACUGUAGCAGCAACCGCCAAUGCAAUACUGAUACCGACUGAUAACGAUGGCUCACCCAAAGCAUCAGUCACUUCUAGUCAAGUGUCCAGCCCAACCAGUGAACCUAAUUCAGGCACUUCAGAUGAAUACCAGGAAUAUCCAAUGAAUUUGAGUCUUUCCGGCCGAAUCCGGCAAGGGAUAAUGGAUCAACCCGGUCUAAACACUCCCACUCAAGGUCAACGACCGACUGCAACUAUAACUGGUCCAAGUACUUUCAAACAAGGUCGAAAGCGCAUAAUGGAUGUGAUUGAUUUACUGAUUUCCAGACAAAACCAGCAACGACCAAUUGAUGAAGUUGAUCCAAACGCUUCCAAACAAAGUCAGCAACAGCCAAUGAGUCAGCCUAGUUCAAGCACUUCCAAACGAAGUCGGAAACGGCCAAUCAAUGAAAUCAGGCCAAGCAUUUUUAGCCAAGCGUCUGGCUCAACUAAUGAACCCAGUCCAAGUGCUCCAAAGCGAGAUCGAAAACAACCGAUUGAUCAACCCAUUCCAAGUACUUCCAGCCAAGACCAGCAACAACCAAUAAACGAAGGCGAGUCUGCUAAUACUGUUUCAAAUCAAGUAGCUGAAUUAAGCCCAAGAUACCAGAGAACCUUUGAUGGUCUAAAGCAAAAACUUGCAGUGUCUAAAGAAUUACGAAAGAAAAAACUCAAAGAAUAUUGUGAUUAUGCAGCCCUCAGAUUCGAACAAUGGUCAGCGUUAGAAAGGGGAGAAGAAAUAUCUGGAUCAACGUACAAUCCAAACACUGAAAAUCAAUUGAAACAAGAGUGUAGAAAGGCAGGAAAAAGAGUGUGGGAGUUGAGGGAUCAAUUGAAAAGGUUUAUGAAAAGGCAUGGUUUGAGAUUUGAAGAACCGAAUUAA